AUGCCUGGCGCGAAGGGCAAACAAAAGUCUUCGGAGGAUGAAACAACGAGGAAAGACUACGAAUGGACUGAUAUCGACUAUUUAACUUGUCCGCCGACACUGGUCGCCUUCUUGUUGGACGAGAACAUGUGGGUCAACGUUCAUGUUGAACACCUGACAGACAUCGCUUGGCCUGAAACCCCCUUCGACCCACUCGAGCUGGAAAUCGGGAAGAAGGAGUUGAUCCAAAAUCUCACACGCUGCUUCAAGACGACGAAAACAAGUGAGGGCUCUAAUCAAGACGCAAGAGCAGGGCAGAGAGGAAACUUGAUAAUCCUGUUAAAAGGCCCUUCUGGAGUCGGCAAGACUUUGACAGCAGAAGUCGUCACCGAGUUAACGCAGCGUCCACUGUACCGCGUAUCAGCUGGAGAGUUGAGCGUUGAUUCUUCAGCUUUGGAAAAGCAACUGGGUGAUAUCUUCACCCUGUGUCGGCGUUGGAGAGCCGUCGUCUUGAUUGACGAAGCCGAUAUGUUCUUGACGAAGAGGCGAGCAUCAAUGCCGGACCGAAAUGCGGCGGUGACUGCUUUCCUUCGCUUGUUCCAUACCUAUGAUGGAUUGCUCUUCCUCACAAGCACAUCCAAGGACAUUGACACAGCCUUUUAUGAUCGAAUCCAUGCAACAAUCGAGUACACUGAACUUGACGAAACUCAGCGAACGAACAUCUGGCGUCGUCAACUCCAGCGCGCCAUUGGCUCCCCCGAGGGACAUCCUCCAAAUUCUCCGUGGCCGGAGGCAUGCCGGCUGUUGGGGAAAGUCGAAAUCAAUGGACGGGAGAUUCGCAACAUCGUCCGGACUGCCGAGCAGCUGGCUCUAGGUCUGUCAACGGAAUUGGCAAUGGAACACGUCGCGGCAGCCAUGCGAAACUUCGGAGGCUCGGAUAAUGACGUUGAGUCCAUCUGCGAGAAGUUGGAAAUGUUAGAAGAAAAGGUCGGCGGGGGUCGUGGACUAGCAUGUGAUGACGAUGUUGAACUUCAACAUUGA